CCCACAACAGCGCCGCUCGCUGCAGCCAUGGCUCUCCUGCAGGUCUCUUGCUUUCUCGCAGUCGCGAUUGCCGCCGUCUCGGCUGCACUACCGGACUACGUCCCCGUGUGUUCGAGGAAUGACCCUGACAUCAACGCCUGUGUUUCGAAUGCUAUCGAGAAGCUGAGACCCGCACUGAUGAAAGGAAUCCCGGAGCUGGAGGUGCCGCCAAUCGACCCACUGGAAGUGUCCGAGGUGACGGUCUCCCCGAUUCCUGGACAGCGCGUUCGCGUCACCGCCAGCAACAUCAAGGUGUACGGCCUCGAGAAGACCAGGAUCAACAGGAUCAACGUCAACGUGCGGAACCAAGAAUUCUCUGGAGCAGUGGAAAUGCCUAAUUUGAUGUUUGCGGCUGACUACAACGUCGACGCUAAGUUCAUGCAGCUGUCCAUGAAAGGGAAAGGAGCUGUGAGCGGCAACGCGACUGGCGUCCAUGGAGAUUUUACGCUCAGAGGAAAGCUUGUGAAACGCAAGAACGGCAACUAUUUGCAGUUCAAUAAACUGAACCUUAACUUCAACGUGGAUCGUUCGCAUUCGCACAUGGAAGGUCUCGUAUCUGGCGACCUAGUGAUAGGUGAUGAUACCUAUGACCAAGGCGACAAUGGUAUGAACAUCUGGCCUCUGGCUAAACCUGUCAUCGAGAGAUCAAUUGCAGAAGUACUUCUUGAAAUGGCCAACAGGAUUGUGUCACAUGUCUCCUACGACGAAAUGUUCCCCUAAUAAAAGAAACGACGGUCGCAUUUAGUUUUUCUUGCCGUUUAUGUCUUUCAAUAAAAAUUUAUGCGUAAGUAUAUAUUUUUAUCUGUGUAUUAGUUUUGAUUGCCUCAAACACAAUUUUUGGUGAUUAAUAAUGUUUCCUUUGGAUUUGAUUUAUACGUUAUCUGUCAAAUUUAAUGUUAUAACAACAUUACACAGCCUGCAAAAAUGGAACACUUUGACACUACCUCCGAAUGAGAUUCGAGUUCCUCAAUGACGGACGCAAGGACGAAAAGUAAGCUUCUGAAGUCAACGUGGUGGGCUUUACGAAUGACCGCCCGUAUGUAACUAAGAAAUUUUUGUAUUAUUAGCUAAUAGCAUUCAGCGAAAUGAACAAAAGAAAAGAAAACUGUCUUUGUGAACUUAUAAAUACUUCUAAAAUGUCCACCGACGAAAAGUGUAAAAUGUACAUGACUGGACACCGUAAUAAAGAAGGAAUUCUGUAUGUUA